AUGCCUUCUGCUCUCAACACUUUAGUGGCAAAGGAACCACUCUUGUCAAGAGACUUUGAGAGUCUUACCAACAUUGAUGAAAUUCGUGAAUGUCUUCGUUUACUAGAUGAAGAAGAAACGCGCAUCGAUGCUUCCCUCGACACCAUGUUAGCUCAAGAAAAUAAACUUGACUUGUCUCUAAAUACAUUAGCUGUUCUCAGACCACAGCUGGGACAUUUAAAAUCGAAUUCCUCACGAGUCAUUCAUACCGUCGACAAAACCUCUCGCUUAGCUGAAGUAAUUAGUGACAAGGUAAGACAACUAGACCAAGAACAAUCCCGAGCGAGAGAAGCUAUUAAAUAUGUAGAAGACGUGCAAGAAUUAAAGUAUUGUGUUGCCAGUCUUCAAGAAGCCAUGCAACGAAAAGAAUACGAUGAAGCCGCCGUCUUAUUACAACGUGCUUCCAAAAUUGAUGAUUCCAUCCUCAACGGUUCUCUCGCUGAAUUCACCGUCGUAAGUCUUCUUUUUUUUUUAGAUUAUACGUAUAACUCAUACAGUAUUAUAGUCAACAUCAGAAAACCCAGAUCAUCCUGCAAAGACACUCGCUGA